AAAGUGCGGUGUGGCGGCUUCAGGUCAGGAUGAUGGUGACCCUGGUGUUCACCAGCGUCGCGGCAGGACUCGUGGCUCUUGCUCUCUACCAGAGGAUGACCUACCCCUUCUUCUGGGCGGAUUUGAUUUACUACUUGAAACUUCGCCGGUACAGAAAGACGCUGCAGGGUAGAAUGCAGCGAGGAAUCAUCACAUACCUCGACUGUUUUCUCAACCGGGCGAAAAACAACCCGAACAAACCCUUCGUUAUCUUCGACAACCAGACUCUGACGUACCGGGACGUGGACCGCAGGAGCAGCCAGUUUGCCAGGGCGUUCAGGACGGAGAGCUCUUUGAAAAAGGGAGACGUUGUUGCUCAGUUGAUGUGCAACGAACCGGACUUUAUUUGCGUGUGGUUGGGACUGUGUAAACUGGGCUGCGAAGUCGCUUUUCUCAACGUCAACGUUAAAGCCAGAUCUCUGCUUCACUGCGUCCGGAGCUGCGGAGCCACGGCGCUCGUUGUGGGCGCAGAUUUGGUGCAUUUGGUGGAAGAGGUGAUGCCUGAGAUGAAGAAGGACAACAUGACAGUGUGGGUGGUGGAUCGCACGUCACCCUCUGCGAAUUUCAAUAGUUUAUUAGAUAAGGUGGAGCACAUGUCUGGAGAAACCUUAAGUGAACUCCCUAAAGUGGACAUCAUGUCGAACUUCCUCUUCAUUUUUACUUCGGGCACCACAGGUCUCUCCAAGGCAGCCCGCGUAGGUCAUUUGAAAGCCAUUUUGAGCAUGGCCUUCUUUCAGAUGUGUGGAGCCACAUCUGAUGACAUCAUCUACAUCACUCUUCCUCUUUACCACAUGUCUGCUUCUCUGUUGGGAAUCGGAGGAUGCAUACAACUUGGUGCAACCUGUGUGUUAAAAAAGAAGUUUUCUGCCAGUCAGUUUUGGAAGGACUGUGUCCAACACAAUGUGACCGUGGUGCAGUACAUAGGAGAACUCUGUCGAUACCUGGUUAACCAUCCCGUGGUUCCAGAGGAGAGCGCUCACAGGGUUCGCCUGGCAGCAGGAAGUGGCCUCAGAUCAGAUGUUUGGAAGAAGUUUGUCAAGCGCUUUGGUGGGAUCAAGAUCAGAGAGGGUUAUGGGUUGACGGAGGCCAGCGUCGGCUUCCUCAACUACACCGAUGAGGUCGGACCAAUUGGGAGGGCGAGCUAUUUCAACAAGCUUUCUAUGCCAUUUGAGCUCCUUAAGUAUGAUCCACAAACAUACGAACCAGUCAGAGCAGACUCUGGAAGGUGCAUACGAGCCCAAACAGGAGAGGCAGGGAUCCUCGUAGCUCCCGUGACCGCAGUGAACCAGUUUCUGGGCUAUGCUGGGAACAAGGUCCAGUCGGAGAAGAAGCUGCUCAGGGAUGUGUUCAAAGCUGGGGACGUGUAUUUCAACACCGGAGACCUACUGCUCCGUGAUCACCGGGACUUUCUUUACUUCCACGACCGCGUCGGCGACACCUUCAGGUGGAAAGGAGAGAAUGUGUCCACCACAGAGGUGUCAGAGGUUUUAGGACUUCUUGAUUUUAUCAAGGAGGCCAACGUCUAUGGAGUCACUCUACCAGGAUACGAAGGUCGAGUAGGUAUGGCUGCUAUCGUGCUAACACACGAUCACAGAUUAGAUGGAACAAAACUCCACGAGCAUUUAGUAAAAACUCUUCCUGCAUAUGCCUGGCCCUGGUUUCUCAGAAUACAGACCUCUCUGGAUGUGACCGAGACCUUCAAGCAGCAGAAGAUGAAGCUGGUCCAGGAGGGUUUGAAUCUGGAUGUCACCAAGGACGUUCUGUAUUUCUUAGACGUCUCUCAGAAGGACUACGUUCUCCUGACUGUGUCUAUGUAUGAAGACAUUGUGUCAGGAAAGAUCAGUUUAUAAACAUUUAAAGACAAGUUAAUUCAGGAAUACUGACGGGGCAUCUUCAGAGAGUGACCCCGCGUUAUUUAACUGCAGACCCUCAAAAAACAGCUGUAGCUACCUGGAACCUCUUCUCACAGUGUGCAUAUGCCAGCAUUUCAGAACAACAUUUUUACUUUUUUUUUUUUUUACUGCUUUUAUUUUACUGUAAAUUACUUUUAACUGUAAAUGUUCAAAUACUGGCCACACCCUUUAUUUACCUCAACCACAAAGAGAAGAAGACCAUCCUAAGAGACAGGUUUAUACUGGAAACAUAUCUCUCUAAUCCUCCCUGUUUUGUACAGUAAAUAUUUUUGAUCAGAUUGUUUUAGUGAACCUCUCUGCGCUGUGAUCUGUUCAUGUUUUACUGUGCUGUUGAUGCAAAUAGUUCCUAUGUGUUUACCUGCUGUCUUGAUAAAUUCAGUAGCAUUUAUCAUAUCAGGGUUAAUUCAGUCAGUAUAACAGCAGUCAGGCCAGACCACUCUUACUGCUCCCAUUUUCUCUUUUUAAUAGAAACACUGUUUUUAUUCACUUAUUGUUUCCACUUUACUACUUAUUAAAAGCUGUUAAUGGAGCUCAACGCUGCACCCGUCACAUUAAAGAGAAAUGUGCAUGUUGAAAUGUCACUUUUAGGAGUGGGCUUCCCUGGCUCUGUCACAGUGCACUGUGAAAUAGUGAUUCUCCCCCAACUCUAUAUCUUACAGGUUCCCCCUUAUUGGUGAACGUUCUAGGCCGUUUACAGUGCCUGGGAUGCCAAGCAGGCUCAAAACUUGGAUCCAUAUUUACUGUAGUUGAGCGUGUCCUACCAGCUCUCUCUCCCUCCUGCAGCAUUCACUGCUUUAGAGUACAUGAUCCCUCCUUUUCCUGGCUGAGUUUCAUUGACCUAGCUUUAUGCUGUUCAAACAAACAAACAAACAAGUGACUGCAUUAUUUAGUCAGUGAAAACAGUGUUUCAGUUGAGAAUGAGAACCAAAGACCAGCAGAGUGGCAUGACAUGACUCUGUUGCUGCACUGAUGGAAAAGGAUAUUAUACUGAAUUCAUGAAUCUGGCCUUUGUUUGUUUAUUUAAGAAUUUAUGUUAUUUACCUUACCAAACAGAUACACUGCAACUUUUUAAGUAUAAAGUAACAUUAAUAUAAAAAAAACCUUAGCAUAAAGAGGUAACAGUACUAAAAAUGUAACUGUUUUGUUCUCUAUGUUGUAGCUUUAUAGCAAGUCUUAAGUUUAAAACUG